CGCUCCAAACUCCUGAACUUCGGGGACGGUCCCCGGAGCGGCGGAACUCUCAGGGACCCCCGCCCCGGGCGACGCCCCUCGACGACCUGCGCUCACCGGGCCCCCUGCUGACAAGUGCCUGGACUCCGAGGGCCCCGGGGCCCGGCCGGAGCUGACUGUCCCCAGCCCCACGCCAGGCCACGAUGCUCGUGAGGAAGGUGCCCGGCUUCAUCCCGGCCUCCCCGUGGGGGCUGCGGCUGCCGCAGAAGUUCCUCUUCCUUCUCUUCCUCUCGGGCCUCGUCACCCUGUGCUUCGGGGCCCUCUUCCUGCUGCCCAACUCCUCUCGCCUCAAGCGCCUCUUCUUGGCCCCCCGGACCCAGCAGCCCGGCCUGGAGGUAAUGGCCGAUGCCGCCGGCCACCCCCUGGCCCACGAGCAGGAGUCGCCUCCCAACCCGGCCCCCGCGGCGCCAGCCCCCGGCGAGGACGACCCCAGCAGCCAAGCCAAUACCCGCCGCAGGAAAGGGUGGCUGAGGCGCACGCAUCCCACCGGGCUCCGGGAGGAGGCCACGGCGGCCCGGAGCAGCGGCGUCGCGGCCCUCAGACCCCAGGAGGAGAGCAUCCCAUUCAGCUUCGACUUCAGUGCGUUCCGGAGCCGCCUCCGCCACCCGGUCCUGGGGACUAGGGCCGACGAGAGUAAGGAGCCACAGAGCCGUGUUCGAACCCAGCGGGAGAAAAUCAAGGAGAUGAUGCAGUUUGCCUGGCAGAGCUACCGGCGUUACGCAAUGGGGAAAAAUGAGCUCCGGCCCCUCACGAAAGACGGCUACGAGGGCAACAUGUUUGGAGGCCUCAGCGGGGCGACGGUCAUUGACUCCCUUGAUACCCUCUACCUCAUGGGGCUGAAGGAGGAGUUCCAGGAGGCCAAGGCCUGGGUUGAAGAGAGCUUCCACCUGAACGUGAGCGGAGAAGCAUCCUUGUUUGAGGUGAACAUCCGGUACAUCGGAGGCCUCCUCUCAGCCUUCUACCUGACAGGAGAAGAGGUGUUCCGAAUAAAGGCCAUCAAGCUGGGAGAGAAACUCCUGCCGGCCUUCAACACCCCCACGGGAAUCCCAAAAGGCGUUGUGAACUUCAAAAGCGGCUCCAACAGGAGCUGGGGCUGGGCCAUGGCAGGGAGCAGCAGCAUCCUGGCCGAGUUUGGAUCCCUGCAUCUGGAGUUCUUACACCUCACUGAGCUCUCUGGCAACCAGGUCUUCGCAGAAAAGGUCAGGAACAUCCGAAAGGUCCUCAGGAAGAUCGAUAAGCCGUUCGGCCUCUACCCCAACUUCCUCAGCCCAGUGAGUGGGAACUGGAUGCAGCACCACGUCUCGGUUGGAGGACUCGGGGACAGUUUUUAUGAAUAUUUGAUCAAAUCCUGGCUGAUGUCGGCCAAGACAGAUAUGGAGGCUAAAGAUAUGUACUAUGAAGCCUUGGAGGCAAUAGAGACCCACUUGCUGAAUGUCUCUCCCGGGGGGCUGACCUACAUUGCUGAGUGGCGAGGGGGGAUUCUGGACCACAAGAUGGGGCACCUGGCCUGUUUCUCCGGGGGCAUGAUCGCCCUCGGCGCUGAGGAUGCCAAGGAAGAAAAGAGGGCCCACUACCGAGAGCUCGCAGCCCAGAUCACCAAGACGUGCCACGAAUCGUACACCCGCUCAGAUACCAAACUGGGGCCCGAGGCCUUCUGGUUUAACUCGGGCCGAGAGGCAGUGGCCACGCAGCUGAGCGAGAGCUACUACAUCCUGCGGCCGGAGGUGGUGGAGAGCUACAUGUACCUGUGGCGGCAGACGCACAACCCCGUCUACAGGGAGUGGGGCUGGGAGGUCGUGAUGGCCCUAGAGAAAUACUGUCGAACGGAAGCCGGUUUCUCCGGGAUCCAGGACGUGUACAGUAGCAUCCCAAACCACGACAACAAACAGCAGACUUUCUUCCUAGCGGAGACACUCAAGUAUCUCUAUCUUCUGUUCUCUGAAGAUGACGUGCUCUCCCUGGAAGACUGGGUGUUCAACACGGAGGCCCACCCGCUCCCCGUGAGCCACCUGGACAGCUCCAGCAGGGCCGGGGGCCGACUCUGACCCCAUCUCCCUGCCGCUGCCAGGCCGCUGCUGGGCCGCCUUGCCUGUCUGGGAUUCGGGACUGUUCUCAAAGGGAUUGGGAACGUGGGCCCCAUUCCAGGCAGGUCCCGGGCAGAUGUGUCAGACAAGCAACUUCUUUUCCUCUGUGAGGAGACAGGACUUGGAGACACAGCGAUGUCGCAGCAGGCCCAGACAUCUUCUCUACGGAGAAUUUCUACGAAACCCACUCACUUGCCAUUCCAGGGCCGGGUGACCAGAGGUUUGCAUAUCGACCCAUGUAUUUGAUUCAGUUCCUUUCAUUUUUUGGGUUUUUUUGUUUUUGCUUGAUUUUGCCUUUUCUCUACAGUUGUGUUUUGUCACAAAUUAUAAAUAUAGUUUUCAAAAUCAUGUGCUUUCAAAAACGGUGUCAUCCUGGUGAACUAAACCUUAAAGUGUUUGCACACACACACAAAAACCGUGACCUCAUGUUCUAUAUUUUAAAUGCCUUUGCCCGACAUUUACUCUAUGUUCAACUCUGUGUCAUUUAUCUUAUAGUUUGAGGAGGGGUUCCUCUUUGAUUUGGGCCUAAGUGUUACAAAUCACUAGUGCUAUUUUCAGUAUUGUAAUGGAAAAAUCUGUAAACUUACAAUAAAAGAGUUUAUUGGAUAAGAAA